UAUAUUUAAUACUAGUAGUCCUUUUAGUCUACAAGAUAGCUCACGCACGAUUUUUAAGAGACAAUCGAUGUUUAAAUCGAUAAGUCAAAUGAAAUCGAUUGAUUCAACCACUCAUCGUUCCUUGUUCCAACCGUCAUUCUUUUUUCGUGCGAGAUAGCUUACACACGCAUACCCUACUCGGAAAAAAUAAAAUUUAUUUCUUCAUAAAAAAUGUCGAAACGUGAUCUACAAUACUUAAAGAAAAAACUUAAACAGCUCGAAGAUCAACAAAAACGGAAACGCCGUCGAAUUUUUAUAGAAUCUUCAACAGAUACUGACGAUAACUCGUCUCGCAGUUCCACUUCGCCAACCCCGAAUAACGGUACACCUGGAGAGUCUGCCCCAGUACUUAUCGAUGAACUCUCAAUACCGGUACCAGAAAAUAACGCCGAUGCUGAUGCCACCCCGGAACUUGACCCGGAUGUACUUACCGCGCUUGGAGAAGAAAUUGAGGAUAAAAGUAAAUUUGGGGAAGCUAUUCAUCGUAAUCUAGCCCAGCGAUGGGAACCUAUCCUUAAAAAAGGCUUACCAAAAGAAGCAAAGGAGAAGCUGAUGAAGGAGUACCUUAUACCCGAAAAUUACACUUUAUUGCAAGCGCCAAAAUUGAAUCGUGAGGUAUCGGCCGCUAUAGCUGAGGCAGCCAGGCAACGGGACAAGAAGAAGGAGACUGCGCAGCAGCAAUUAGGGAUUGGCAUAUCGGCUAUUAAUAAGGCUUUGACAUCGAUGCUAACCUCGGAUAAUAAAGUAGAAGCCAUUAAAAUAUUAAGCGAUGGAUGCCGAAUACUUACUGACCUUCACUUUCAAGAGACGCAGGCGCGUAUUAGUGUUAUUAAUUACUCUCUCGCGAAACCAUUCCUUAAUGUUGUCCAAGGCAGCGAAAGAGAUGACACGUUGUACGGGAAUAAGUUGGGUGAAAAAAUAAAGGCCUCAAAAACGAUUGAAAAACAAGGCCUUUCUAUCAAAAAAUUUGUAAAGACUUCUAAAAGUACGUCUAAUACAGAACACCCAACACCAGUUCUGCGCUCGCAUUACCAGACCAAACAAACUGGCUCAUACCAGGGAAACUGGACCGGGUCUUCGCGCUACCAUCAGAACAGGGGGGGGCGCCGAGGACCAAGCAGGACGAUUGCCCCUGUGACACGCCGGUCUCAAGCGCAACAAUCGUCGAGCACAGCGGUCACGAGCAAAUCGAAAACAACCGCAACUCGUCAGUGAACCAGAAAUCACCUUACCCUGGGUGCCGCGAUUCUCUCAGGCAAGCGUUCUCCUCGCGGGGUGCUCCAGACUCGACCCUAGAUCUCAUGUUAGCAUCAUUGGCCAAGAAUACUAUGCGACAAUAUAAUGUUUCAUUUAAGCUCUGGUGGCAAUAUUGCAAUGACAAUAGUCUAGAUGUCUUUGAUUGCUAUGUGCCGACAGUUUUAUCUUUCUUAAGUUCGCAGUAUUAUAAUGGAGCCUCAUAUGGAUCCUUAAAUAAUCACAGAUCAGCAUUAUCACUUUUACUAGGUAGUAAUAUUGGAUCUGAUGACCGUAUUAAAAGACUCCUUAAAGGAGCAUUUAAAUUAAGACCUAGCUUUCCUAAAUACUCUAAUACAUGGGAUCCGCAAGUAGUUCUCAGUUAUAUUUCCGAAUGGUAUCCCAAUAAAGAACUCAGCCGAGAAAAAAUUACAAAAAAACUAGUGAUCUUAUUAGCUUUAUGCACGGCACAGCGAGUUCAAACCAUGUCUCUUAUAAAGCUAGAAAAUAUUACCAUUACUUCGACAGGAGUUAACAUAGAAAUCAAAGACAUGUUGAAGACAUCCGCUCCAGGCAGAGAACAACCAUGUUUAUUUCUACCUUUUUUUCAUGAAAAUCCACGCAUUUGUCCUGCCACAGUUCUUCAAGAUUACAUUCUCGUUACAAAACAAGACCGACCUGCUAAUAUACCUUAUCUCUUAAUAACUGUGAAGCGCCCGUACAAGAGCGCGACAGCACAGUCAAUAAGUAGAUGGAUAAAGCAGACGCUAGCAGAAAGCGGUGUAGACGUGUCGA